AACGCGUUACACCAGAUAAGAAGCAGCGUCGACAUCUCGGCUCGGACCUUGGAGGGUUACGUGUACCCAAAACUUAUUUUCAAAUGGGCUCCGUCGCCUAGCGUUUACUCCCCCAGCCUCGCCGACUGAGUUGAAUUGGGUGCUACCGAACACCGGGCACGUCUGGGCUCCGACAAGGUUUCCACCAAGCACAGCGAACAGCGACCAACAACAUAAGAAUGGCAGCUAUUCCAGCGGGCGGUUCUCUUGUGGCAACCACUGACUACUACCGAAGGCGCAUCGGCUCUACGUCCAGCAGCAGCUCUUGCGGCAGUUCGGAGUACAGCGGAGAGGUCAUCCCUCACCACCCAGGACUCCCCAAGCAGGACUCUGGCCAUUGGUGGUCCAGUUUCUUCUUUGGGAAGCAGCCAGGGAUGACCCCACUGACUGAGGAGGCACAGCUGAAGGCUGGGGUUCCAGGUGCGGUAACCAAUGGUCAGAUCACCUGCGUUGCCAGGGAGAUGGUGAUGCAACGCCAGGUGAGUGAGGGCAGCGAUGCAGGAAGCCCCAACUCCUCCUGAUCCUGCAGUCUCACUCUGAUCCACGCCACACCUCUGGGGAGGGGAAUCACACCAACGACCAACGCUAGGUGACGGGAGGAUGUCCCGUUUACAACCUUUUAGUUUUUUUAUUAUUAUAAUUAUUCAUUGUAGUACAGGCUGCCUUACUCGUUUUUGUUUUGGUAACCUUGUGGGGUUUUUUUUAUUGACAACUUAAAAAAAGAAAAAGAAAAUAAAUGAAAAGUAAAAAAAGAAAUAAGCAAGACGACGAUGAUGCAACUAAUAAGCUCCCUUUUUUUUAAACAUUUGUACUGUUCCGUGUUUGUAAUACUGUGGUGCAUAGCAACACUGUGGUAAAUACACCUCCACAUGCUUUUGUUAAACAUUUUUCACUUUGUCACCCUGUGAUUGCAAAUGCAAUAAAGAUAGACUCUUGCAGCCUAA